AUGAUUCUUAAUGCAUUAAUUCAUGCCCAGGAAGAAAAUUUGAAAAUGCAUUAUCUAGAACUUGUGAUGAUUGCAAAAAUAGAUGUGCAAGUUGUUCUGAUGCGAUUAAUUGUGAUUCUUGCUUUGAGAAUAGAGUUUCUUAAUAAUGUAUUUGUCCUUAAUAUUCCUAUGAUCCUAAUGGCUUCGAUUAAGCCUGUAUUAUAUGUUCUACUUUUUCAACUGGAUGUGCUACAUGCAGUGCAACGGAAUGUCUUACAUGCAUAGCCCCUUAAUAUUUUUAAUUAAACUAAAAUAAAUAAUGUGAUUCAUGCUUAAAUAUAAUGA